GGCCGCGGUCCCCCUGCUCUUCCUUCUCCGUCUCCGGGCGUCAGUGGCCGUUGGGCCCUAUGUCGCGCCGGGCCCUCCGCAGGCAGGGGGAACAGCGCGGCCAGGAGCCCCUCGAGCCCGGCGCCCUGCAGUUCGUCCUCCGCGAUGACGAGGACGCGGAAGAAGAAGCCCCGAGGCCGGAGCCAGCCGGCCGGCGCCCCCAGAGCGCAGAGAAGGAGGGCGUCCGAGUCAACAACCGGUUCGAGCUGAUAAACGUCGAGGACCUGGAGGAGGGACCUGUGGUCAAUGGGGAGCGGCCGGAUGCUCAGUUCCCAGAUGCCAUGGUGUCGGGAAACAAGAGGAGGGCCCAGAGUGGAAGCUCCGAGCCCCGGAGGGACGGGAGCGUCUCUGGCAAGGCGGCACCCCAAGAGCAGCCCAACGCAAGUGGCAAGCUCCGGAAGAAGAAGAAGAAACAAAAAAGCAGGAAGAGCCCCACGGGAGAAGGCCUGGAGAACGGCCUGGAAGACGUCGACCGCAUCUUGGAGCUGCUGGAGGACGGUGCUGGGCUCCCACACCCUGGUCCACCGGUCCUGAGCACCAGGAAGCACGUGCUGUACGUGGAACACAGACACUUGAACCCAGACACGGAGCUGAAAAGGUACUUCGGUGCUCGAGCUGUCCUGGGGGAGCAGAGGCCGAGGCAGAGACAGCGUGUGUACCCCAAGUGUACUUGGCUGACGACCCCCAAGACCACCUGGCCCCGCUACACCAAACCAGGCCUGACCAUGCGGCUGCUGGAGGCCAGGAAGGGCCUCUCAUCCUUUGCCUUCGAGCACAGCGAGGAGUACCAGCAGGCUCAGCACCGCUUCCUGGCCGCUGUGGAGUCCAUGGAGCCCAACAACAUCGUGGUUCUGCUGCAGACCAGCCCCUACCACGUGGACUCCCUCCUGCAGCUCAGCGAUGCCUGCCGCUUCCAGGAGGACCAGGAGAUGGCGCGAGACCUUGUGGAGCGGGCUCUGUACAGCAUGGAAUGCGCCUUCCACCCACUGUUCAGCCUCACCAGCGGGGCCUGCCGGCUGGACUACCGCAGGCCUGAGAACAGGAGCUUCUACCUGGCCCUCUACAAGCAGAUGAGCUUCCUGGAGAAGCGGGGCUGCCCACGCACGGCGCUCGAGUACUGCAAGCUCAUCCUGAGCCUGGAGCCGGACGAGGACCCUCUGUGCAUGCUGCUGCUGGUGGAUCACUUGGCGCUGCGGGCACGCGACUACGAGUACCUGAUCCACCUCUUCCAGGAGUGGGAGGCUCCCCGGAACCUGUCCCAGCUCCCCAACUUUGCCUUCUCUGUGCCGCUGGCCUACUUCCUGCUGAGCCAGCAGGCGGGCCUCCCCGAGCAGGAGCAGAGCGCAGCACGCGAGCAGGCCUCCCUGCUGAUCCGGCGGGCCCUCACCAUGUUCCCCGGAGUGCUCACACCCCUGCUCGAGUGUUGCAGCGUGCGCCCCGACCCCGCCGUCGCCCACCACCGCUUCUUUGGGCCCGACGCUGAGAUCAGCCCGCAGCCAGCCCCUGCGCUGAGCCAGCUGGUAAGCCUGUACCUGGGGCGCUCGCACUCCCUCUGGAAGGAGCCCGCCACCAUGGGCUGGCUGGAGGAGAAUGUCCACGAGGUCCUGCGGGCAGUGGACGCCGGGGACCCUGCCGUGGAAGCCUGCGAGAGCAGGCGGAAGCUGCUGUAUCAGCGGGCGCCCAGGAACAUCCACCGCCACGUGCUGCUGUCCGAAGUCAAGGAGGCGGUGGCCGCCCUGCCCCCAGACGUGGCCACGCAGUCUGUGAUGGGUUUUGACCCUCUGCCCCCUCUGGACACCAUCUACUCCUACGUCAGGCCAGAGAGGCUCAGCCCCGUCAGCCAUGGGAACACGAUUGCCCUCUUCUUCCGGUCACUGCUGCCCAACUACACUGUGGAGGGGGAGCGGCCGGAGGACGGCGGGGCCGGGGGCCCCAACCACAACCAGGGCCUGAACAGGCUGAUGCUGGCCGUGCGGGACAUGAUGGCCAACUUCCACUUCCAGGACCCUGAGGCGCCCCGCGAGGACCAGCCCGAGGGGGAUGGGGAGUGGGACUGAGGGCCCUGCGCUCGCAAUCGUGUUCCGGCCGCCGUCCGGGCCCGCUGGCUGCCUCUGAAGUAGAAUCGCUGAAUGUGCUGUUGCG